CUUUUUCGUUUAAAGCCCUUCGCUCCUGUUUGGUUAAACCCUCUCUACUUUCUCUCCUCAUUCUACCGAACACUAUAUCGCCGACCACCGUCGCUCCGAUAGCGUGAUAAAAGAAGAUGGCCUUGAGAGGUGUGUGGCAACUUCAAAAGCUGAUUGUGAGCUAUUGUGAUUGGGGUGGAAGUAGUAGGGGCAUCAGGGCAUUUAUGGAGUCAAAUCUACCCUCAUUUAGAGAGAAAAAUCCUCAGUUAGAAGUUGUCACUGAACUCAUUCGUGGGCAACAUCCACAUUUGAAAGGCUUUUACCGGAACAAAAAUGAACGGGUGAUAUGUGUGAAGAAUAUGGAUCCGGAAGACAUCCUUCUACAUGCAACCAGGCUAAGGAAUGCAUUGGGCAGGAAGGUAGUGAAAUUGAAGACAAGACACGUAACAAAACACCCUAGCGUUCAGGGUACAUGGACAACGGAGGUGAAAUUUUGAGGGAGGCACAAGAGAACAGCUCCAUGUGGGAUUCCUUUAGUGGAACCAUCCAUUCUAGUAACUUAAUGGUCGUUAUCAGUUAACUUUGGGUACUGCAGUAUAUGAGUAUCUGAUGCGUAUGCAUAUUACUCACAUUUUGAACACUUUUAUGGCAUCUACCCCACAUGUUAUUUCAUCCUGAAUAAUGACAUGCCUUUGGGUAUUCAUGUUUCCCGUGAUCUUGUUUACUUGUUAAUAAGCAUGGUGUGAAUCUGAGAAAACCAAUGAUUUUUGCUUCUUUUUUAAUAAUAUUGAUUACAUAGAACUCCA